GCUUUUUCAGAAAAUUGAUUUCUAGUAUUAUUGUAUUAUACCAAUAUAGAGAUAUAAUAAUUUAAGAUGGGGAAUUUGAAAAAAGAGAAAAAUAGAAAAAUAAGGGAGAAUGCUUCAUCAAAAUCUCCAAAUUUUUCUAAUGUUAAAGUUAAAGGUGAAAAUUUUUAUAGAAAUGCCAAAAAGACGAAAUUAUUAAACAUGUAUAAAGCAGAUGCAAAAGUAUUACAAAGUAAAGAAAUCCCUGUUGCCAGAGUUGAUCCAAAUCGGAAAUGGUUUAAUAAUACUAGAGUUAUUUCGCAAGAUGCUUUAGAUCAUUUUAGAGAAGCGAUUAGCUCUAAAUUAAAUGGAGAAAAUAAUAGUUAUAAUGUUUUAUUAAAGAGAAAUAAAUUGCCGUUAAGUUUAUUGAAUGAGAGUGGCAAUAGUAUUAAUUUUGAUCCCGAUUCAACGGCUAGAAAGGAUUUAAUGACCAAUGAUAUUAAAAGCAAAAAUGAUCCCAAUAAUAAUAGUAAAAAAAAUUUGAUAUUGAGUAAAAAAAAUAGUAAUUUAAAAUUUUCUGAUUUAAAUGAGUUGAUAAAUCAAACAGAUGGAGAUAAUAAAUCAUUCCAAGAGAAAAUUGAAAUCAAUCAAACAUUGGGAUUAAUGAAUAAGUAUGAUGAUUUUGAAAAUUUAUCAAAUGAAGCAAGAGAUGCGAUAUUCAGUAAAGGGCAAUCUAAGAGAAUAUGGAAUGAAUUAUACAAAGUGAUUGAUUCAUCAGAUGUUGUUAUUCAAGUAUUGGAUGCAAGAGAUCCCAUGGGUACUCGUUGUAAAACUGUUGAAAGAUAUAUGAAAACGGAAACACCACAUAAACAUUUGAUCUUUGUUUUGAAUAAAUGUGAUUUAAUUCCAACAUGGUGUGCAGCAGCUUGGGUAAAACAUUUAUCUAAGGACUUUCCCACAUUGGCAUUUCAUGCAUCGAUUAAGAAUUCAUUUGGUAAGGGUUCAUUAAUUCAGUUAUUAAGACAAUUUUCUCAAUUACAUUCAGAUAGAAAACAGAUUUCAAUUGGGUUUAUUGGAUAUCCAAAUGUGGGUAAGUCAUCUAUAAUAAAUACAUUAAGAAAUAAAAAGGUGUGUACAGUUGCUCCAAUUCCUGGUGAGACUAAAGUUUGGCAAUAUAUCACAUUGACAAAAAGAAUUUUUUUAAUUGAUUGUCCAGGUAUUGUUCCUCCAUCGCUAAAUGAUACCGAGGAAGAUUUGUUGUUUAGAAGUGUAGUAAGAGUGGAAAAUGUUUCUAACCCUGAUCAAUAUAUUGAUGGCGUAUUGAAAAGAUGCAAGACAACACAUUUAGAGAGAACCUAUGAGGUUAAAGAUUGGGAUAAUGAUUCCAAAAUAUUUAUGGAAAAAAUCGGCAAGAAAGCAGGAAAAUUGCUUAAAGGUGGAGAAGUUGAUUUCCAUGGUGUUGCAAUUAAAGUGAUAAAUGAUUUUUUAAGAGGAAAAAUUCCAUGGUUUGUGCCUCCUCCAGAAGAUGAAAAUAGUUCUGCCAAUAGAAAGAGAAAAUUGGAAGAUAGGAAGUCUAUAGAAGACGAUACAAAGAAGCAGAAAACGCAGCCCAUACAGUCGCCAGCUGAAACAAAAGUGCAGACCCAGAGUGAAGGAAGUCAGCAGAGUGUAGUAAACACUUCAGAAGAAACAGAAGAAACAGAAGAAAAAGAAGAAGCAGAAGAAGCAGAGGAUGGAGAGGAAUGGAAAGGAUUUGACGACUAGAGUAAUCUCAUAAACGUAAUAAGAUGCCAUUUCGGCUAAUCCGAAAAAUCCGAGCUUUCGAUACGUAGCCACGGACGCACUCUGCAUCUGAACGCAGGCUCUUA